AUGACUGAUAUAGAGAUUUAUACAGAUCCAAUCAUAUCAUUAGUACAGGAUCCUAAUUUGAGUAAAGACAAAUGCAAAUCAUCCGAACUCAUCCGACUAAUUCAUGAAAUAUCAGAACGACGAAUUAAUAGAUUAUGUUCCACUUCGUUUAUAAUAUUACAAGAGUUGGAAAACAUUCAAUUGAAGUUUAAAAGUUGGGAGUUUUUAUCACUAGAUUUCAAUUCAGAUAAUCAUUUUUCAAACGAUGAUAAUAAUAUUAAAGAUUUCAAUGCCGGCGUUGCAAAUAAGGUUAUAAGUGCUUGUACAGAUUUGAAUGUCAAAAUUGCUAAAAUAUCAUCCGAUAUCGAUUUAAUCAGCAAGAAUUCUAGAACCCUUUCACCAAAAGAUCUAAUGAGUGAUGCAGGGACAAUGUUGACUUCAUUGCUACUACGAAUAAUCAAAUUGAAGAACGAUGUGGUGGAGCAGCUAAGUAUUUCGUAUUCGAAAGCCAGAUUAAUUAUAAUUGGAGAAGAGUUGGAAAUGUGGGAAGAUGAAAACACAGUGAUGUAUUAUAAAUCGUUCAUCGUUGCAUUGCUACAGCAGCUAAAUGAUGCCGUAGAACAGGGAGAUGGUGAUGCAAAAUACGAAUGCUUAGCUGUUAUUAACGAUUUGGAAAAAAUGUUUGAAAAGUUUAGAAUAGAGAAAUUAAUUGAUAAAACAUUAGAAGACAGUCGCCACGAGCACGAUGUUCAAGAAAAACAAAAAGGAGAAGAGGAAGAAGAGGAAGAAGCUGUGCAAGCAAAAGCUUCCGCAGACGAGACUAUGACAACAAUGACAACAACACCACAAUCGACUAUUUCAACUCAUGACAAAACUCAAGAACAUCUCCAGCACCAUUUCCGAUACGAAGAUCAUUUAGAUAGUGUUGAUUCUGAAACAGAUUAUUACGACAAACACGAAACUAGUCCUGAUGACAUGUAUUCCGAAUAUUCAAUGUUUUCAAGCUCACCACAAUUACCAAUGGUUCAUUCAAUCACUAGUGUCAAAGACCAAGAUUCCAUCAGCAAUUACCAUGGAAGUAUUACUGAAGAAUUACCAUAUUUAAUGACUGCAUUCAGUUCUGCUAAAAAUUUUACAAACGAUGUUAAACAUUACAAAUUAGAAGAAGAAAAAGAGAAUAAACCGGUGAAAACAAAACCAAUUCCUGUAGCAGUUAACCCAUCUCCUCAACCCAAGAAGCCAUUUUUCCAUAAAACCAACUUACCCAAUUCUUCCCUCUACUCCGAGAGUAACGUCAUUCACCCUCCAUUAUAUUCAAGCUCAGUUUUGAGAACAUUUGGUAUCAAGCCCCAGGUGAUUAGCGUUCCUAAGGAUGCAGUAGAGAAAAAGAAAACCACCAAAGACAAGCCAUUAUUGCUUACCGAAGAAAAUAUAUCCAACUUGACACAACAACAACUUCGACAUCACGAUUAUAUAGAUUGA